AUGACGGGCUCACUGCAUUCAUAUCUCGCGGACGAGAAAAAUGGCGCGAUCAGCACCUCUCCAGCCGAAGCCGACAUCUUCGCCGGCGAAGUAGAGGAUAUCGACGAAGAGCACGAAGUCUUCAAGAAGAAUGGCGAAGUCAGCUUUCGAACCGUCGGCUGGCCGCGCGCGUCAGUCAUCUUCCUCAAGGUCAUCUUCGCGACCGGUGUCCUUUCCAUCCCAACAGCAAUGGUAUCCCUCGGUGCCGUCGGCGGCUCGCUCAAUGUGAUCGCAUGGAGCGCUUUCAACACAUACGUCGCCAUCAUCUUUGGAGACUUCCGAAACAGACACGCGAGAUGCCAUUCAGUAGCAGACAUGGCUGAAAUAGUCGGAGGCUACUGGGCCAAAGAACUCGUCGGAGCGAUUUUCAUCAUCUGCUACGUGCUUUGCGCUGGAUCUGGAAUUCUCGGUGUUACGGUGGGCUUGAAUGCCUUAUCUCAUCAUGCUGCUUGUACCGUUUGGUGGACUGUCUUGGCAACAGGCGUGAUCAUCGUAUUGAUGGUCGUCGUCAUUGGCGUCACGACUCGAGACAGACCCGCUGCCGCACCGCAGACCGGACCAUACGAACUCGGGUACUUUGCCGUUCCUAGUGGAAUCCCCUUUGCGGCUGGAGUGGCGGUAUACGCUUGUAUGAGUUUGGUCACUGCCGCUUAUCUCGCUUUUUCACUUGUGGUGUACAAGUGGUGUGGAAAGUGGGUGGCGUCCCCGUCGCUCGGAUCUGCUGGGCAGACUGUAAAGAUGGUCGCGUUUGGCGUGGGACUUGUAGGCUUGAUUGUGAGCGGAUGCCUCUACCUACAUGUGUCUUCGAAGUAUCUCUUCGUCCGGAUCCUGGGCAAGACAAGACACUUGCAAGAGAACACUUGGAUUCACUGGGGUACCUGGCUCAGCUGCACCAUCGGCCUCGGCGCGAUAGCGUUCAUCCUCGUAGAGGCGAUUCCGAUUUUCAACUACCUGAUCGCCAUCAUCGGUAGCGUCUGCUUGGCACCGAUUUCCAUCAUUUUGCCGGGAUGGCUCUGGCUAUACGACCACUGGAGCUGGUUGAAAGGCAAUGCUAAGCAGCAGCUCGCGUUCUGGUUCCACGCGUUCUUCCUUCCGUUGGGAGCCUUCUUCACGGUUGCAGGGACGUACGGUGUGAUCAAAAUGAUCAUCGAUGCUUAUGCUUCCGGACUGAUUGGAGGAAUCUUCCAGUGUGCUGAUAACUCGAACUCGUCGUGAUUAGAUUGUAUCGUCGAUUCGGC